AUGAGUGAUAUUGCGGGCAUUAAAUGGGAAAGUAAUGUGAACGGGAAUUGUCGUAGAACAACGCAGCAGGGUGAGAAGAAGCGCUUAUUCUUGUCGGCAUACUCUUUCCUGGACUGGUUAGCCUCUUCCAGACUUGUACCUAACGCCUUACAGUCAUCACCGCGGCUUAGGGGCAGCGUCGCUGAAGCGUGCCAACAAGGAUCACUUCGAAACUCAAACCAGAGGGGAGUCAAGUCGCUCUGCUACCAGCGGGAGUCCCUCAUUGCCAGGAGAACAGAGCCCAAGGACGGCGAGUCUCUCAAGAGGCGUCUGGAGAAGGACCUGCGCAGCCUUCUAGGCGGCGAGACGAGCGUGGACCACCAGCGGGACCACGCGGGUGGCAGGGCUUAUCGGGCUUCGCCGGUUGCCCCCCGGAGGGCCUCUUACGGCAGUCCGGUCCUCGCGCGGGCCGCCUCUCCAGCACCCUGUUCCGCUUCGUCAUCGUCGACGUCGCCCGAGCUCGCCAGGAAGGAACGGCGACGCCGCAGGCCCCGGAAGAACGAAGGGACCCAGGUUUGCCUUUCCGGGCCACGUGACCGGAAGGGGGCGGGGCUCCAGCGGCGGCGGCUCCUCACCUCCCCGGCCAGCCAAGACGUCGCCUGGGUCGCAUCCACGUCCACGAGUCGCACGGCCGAGGGUCGUCCGGUGGCCCCGCACACUGAUUCCCGGGAAGAGAAGUGUGUAUCGGCAAGCGUGAAGGCACUCCAGGAGUCGGCCAACCUCCGACGCGCCCCCUUCUUGGCUGGAACAAGUUCUCUUGAAGAAGUGAGACGCUCCUUUGCUGAAUUUCAGAUUCGCCACGACAGACACGCGUGCAAGAGGCGACCUGCCCCGAGUUCACCGUUGGAGCGCCCCAAUCAGCCGCAAAACUUCCAGGAGGUAAACGCUGCGGGCGCCGCGUGGGACUGCCCUCGUGGACUGAGCCCCGAAUCUUCGUCGUCCUCCUCAGCCAGCUUCGAGCUGGACUUUUCGUCGCCGCCUCGGGGCCCCGACUACUCUCCGCUCAUCAUACCCUGUCCGGGCAGUUCUGGACAGUCAUCGCUCCACUCACCCAGUCUCGAGAACACGGCGGGAUCGCCCCUACCCUUACUGCAUCACCGCUAG